UCCGUUUCGUAAGGGAACCCAUUAAACCGUUCUGUUUCCCUUCUCCUCUCUUCUUGCCCGAUAACACCACCACCACCAUCUCGAUCCACAUCCCACCGUCGCACUCCGAUGGCUCCUCCCACGCCGUCUCCACGAAGCGCUCCCACUACCCCUCACCACCACUCCAAGGCCACUCCCACUCCUCACCACUCCAAGCACCGGCUUCACUUCCCCAGCCCCAACCCCAAGGCCCCCGCCGCCACCGACCACCCCGUCGAAGUCAUCGGCCUGAUCCGCAACCUGCCCGCCGACCUUCGCAAGGACGAGGAUGGGCCCGCCGCCUGCUCCGUCCUUGAGAUCUCCGGCGACGGCCGCUCCCUCCGCGUCCGCGCCGACGUCGGCUACCGCGACUUCACCCUCGAUGGGGUUUCCAUGUCCGAGCACGAGGAUCUCGAGGCCUUCUACCGCCGCUUCGUGGCGUCCAGGGUGGAGGGCGUCCGCCUGGGCGCCAAGUGCACCAUCAUCAUGUACGGGCCUACCGGGUCCGGCAAGAGCCACGCCACGUUCGGCUGCCCCAAGCAGCCCGGGAUCGUGUACAGGGCCCUCAGGGACAUCUUAGGAGAAGGAAGGGAUGGUUCCGAUGGCAGCUCCACUGGCGCCGCCGCCUCUGCCAACGACGACGAGGACGGCGGUUUCGGUCCUGGGUUUUUCGUCCAUGUCGCGGUCUUGGAGAUUUACAACGAGGAGAUCUACGAUCUUCUUUCGGGGGCAUCCAUUGGGGGAGCGGGACACACCGUCGGCCUUCCCAAAGGCAAUAGCACGCCCAAGGUUCGGCUGGAGGUGCUAGGUAAAAGGGUCAAAAAUGCAAGGUACAUAUCUGGAAAUGAGGCUGGAAAGAUUACAAGGGAAGUUGCCAAAGUUGAAAAGCGGCGGAUUGUCAAGAGCACUCGUUGCAAUGAAAGAAGCUCACGGAGCCACUGCAUGAUAAUCUUAGAUGUUCCUUCUGUGGGAGGAAGGCUGAUGCUUGUUGACAUGGCUGGUUCUGAAAACAUAGAAGCAGCUGGUCAAACUGGUCUUGAAGCAAAAAUGCAGACAGCUAAAAUAAACCAAGGGAAUAUUGCUCUUAAAAGGGUGGUCGAAUCCAUUGCAAAUGGUGAUUCUCAUGUUCCGUUCAGGGAUAGCAAGCUCACAAUGCUUUUACAGGAUUCCUUUGAGGAUGACAAAUCAAAGAUUUUGAUGAUUCUGUGCGCAAGCCCUGAUCCCAAGGAAACCCACAAAACCAUUUCUACUCUCGAGUACGGAGCUAAAGCAAAAUGCAUCAUCCGUGUUACUCGUAUGCCAACACCCAAGGAGAAAGUUGAUCCUGAGGAAUCCUCGCUACUCCUCAAGUCGAGAAUUGUAGCAAUGAACCAGGUCAUGUAUAAACUUCAAAUGGAGAACAAGCUUAAAGAGAAAGAGUGUGAUGAUGCUCGCAAAGAGCUCUUGCAGAAAGAUGCGGAACUUGCAAAACUCGGAGCAAGGCUCCAACUCAUUGAAGAAAGGGAAUCAGAAGUCGAGGAGGCAGAGAUCAACUUGACGGUUGACGAAAGAACCAAGACUUUAAAACUUGAAUUGAUGAAGAUGGAAGAGAUAAUGUUACAACAGCAAGCGGAGCUUACUAUGCUAAAGCGGAGACUCGAGGAAGUGGAACUUGGAAGAGGAAAAGCCGGUGAGGAUACAUUGCAUGACAUGGACGGAGGAAGAUUUAUGAAGCGGCUAGAAACUUAUGCAGGAGACCCAGGUAUGGUGAAAUCUAUGGAUUUGGACAUGGGAGAUCAACAGGACAGUUAUGAUGUAAAGGAGAUCAGAGAGGACUCCUACCGGCAUAUUAUAAGCUAUCCGAAACAGUCCCCACUGGAUGCUUGCCUUUCAGAUUUUGAAGAGGAUGCUGACUCCAGUGUGCUUAGAUUCCCAGAGAAGGUGAGUUUGAGCACUGUUUUUGAGGGAGAUGAAGAAGACAUAGAAAGCACCGAAGACGAGGUUGAUAAGGAAGUAGUCGAAGAGAACAUGAGCCAUGCACGCGGGAUUGGUUGCUUGAUGCCGUUUGAAGAUUCUGGGUUGAACGAUGACCAUGAUGGGUGUGGUAGUGAUUCAAAGAAAAAGCAGGUAGGAGCAGAAAUCAACUCUAUCAAAAAUACAAUAGAUGCCAUCUCUGCUAGAAGAACAUGUGUCCAGAAUAUUUUCAGACUCUGUGGAAACCACAGAGAGCUAUCACAACAGGUGAAAGUUUCCUCUCCUCUCAAGAGAGGUAAUCAAGAUGAAAAUAGACGACCUUCUUCUUUGAUGCUUGGCGAAGAGUAUGAAUCAAAGUUAGGCUUGCGACUGGAACAAUCUCAGCUCGCACCUCAAGGCAAGUUGCUCUCCGAAUCAAUAGUUACAGAAAGUGCAGUUUCCACACUGCUUGUUACAUUUGCAUCGCUUGAACUCGGAGAUGAGCAAAAAUCAGCUGAUCAACGACUCAAAAGAUGUGUUUCUUCUGAACCACCAAAAGAUUUGAUGGAGAAUUGCAGCCCUGGAAAGGUGGAUGCAGAUGACAUUGUGAACAUAUAUGUAAAAUGGGAGGCCUCGAAGGAAAUUUCAGGCAGUCUGAUCAGGAAGCUUAAGGUGUUGAGGGACUCAACUCUUGCUGAUUUGCGCAAACUCAUCGAUAUAAAUCUCGAGGAAGACAACAAAAAAUUCACAUUUCUUUUGCUUGGGGAUCCCUCAGGAGCUCCGGUAGCUAAGGAAAAGGAAGCACGUACUCGAGUGAACGAAUUGCCCAUCUGCAAUAAUCAGCUGAAUGGUCGUGUUGCCUGCUUGCGUCCCGUCAAGAAAGCAGUCCAGAAACCAGAUCAUGUUCCAUUUGGUUCGUUAGAGAAUACACUCCCACUUGGGCUAAAUUCUCCACCCUCACAAGUAGUUUUACCUAAAGUGAGUCAAAUCAACACAAACUAUGUAACAGGAUUACAGGUAUAGAUCAAGGCAUGUACUAUAAGCAAGUAUUGGGCCACUUAUCCAUUACUGGUGGUUUACAGAGGUAUUUUUUAAUGUAAUUUUAGCCCCUACAUGAGUAAAUUCUCAUCUAAGCGUGAUGAGUGAUUUUGC